GAGAUGGCCAACACCACACAAAUCUCCAAGGAUGAGCUGGAGGAACUCAAGGAGGCCUUUGCUAAAGUUGACCUCAACAGCAAUGGGUUCAUCUGUGACUAUGAGCUGCAUGAGCUCUUCAAGGAGGCCAACCUUCCUCUGCCUGGGUAUAAAGUGAGAGAGAUCAUCCAGAAGCUGAUGAUUGAUGGUGACAAGAAUAAAGAUGGGAAGAUCAGCUUUGAAGAGUUUGUCUAUAUUUUCCAAGAGGUGAAGAGCAGUGACAUUGCUAAGACCUUCCGAAAAGCCAUCAACAGGAAGGAAGGGAUCUGUGCCAUCGGGGGCACCUCCGAGCUCUCCAGCGAGGGCACGCAGCACUCCUACUCAGAGGAAGAAAAAUAUGCCUUUGUGAACUGGAUCAACAAAGCCCUGGAGAACGAUCCUGACUGCAGGCACGUCGUGCCAAUGAACCCCAACACAGAUGACCUGUUCAAAGCUGUGGGAGAUGGCAUUGUGCUGUGCAAAAUGAUCAAUCUUUCUGUUCCGGACACUAUUGAUGAGAGAGCAAUUAACAAGAAGAAACUGACCCCCUUCAUCAUUCAGGAGAACCUGAACCUGGCACUGAACUCCGCCUCGGCCAUCGGCUGCCAUGUGGUCAACAUCGGGGCAGAGGAUUUGAGGGAGGGGAAGCCCCACCUGGUCCUUGGGCUCCUCUGGCAGAUCAUCAAGAUCGGCUUGUUCGCAGACAUCGAGCUCAGCAGGAAUGAAGCCCUGGCUGCCCUGCUUCGUGAUGGGGAGAACCUGGAGGACCUCAUGAAGCUCUCCCCAGAGGAGCUGCUCCUCAGAUGGGCCAACUUCCACUUGGAAAACGCAGGCUGGCACAAGAUCAAUAACUUCAGCUCAGAUAUCAAGCUCACAGAUUUUGGUAACUCAGUAAAGGAUUCCAGAGCCUAUUUCCACCUCCUCAAUCAAAUUGCACCCAAAGGGCAGAAGGAAGGAGAGCCUCAGAUUGAUAUUAACAUGUCUGGUUUCAAUGAGAAGGAUGACCUGAGGAGGGCAGAGUUCAUGCUGCAGCAGGCGGAGCGCCUGGGCUGCCGGCAGUUCGUCACUCCGGCCGACGUGGUCAGCGGCAACCCCAAGCUCAACCUGGCCUUCGUUGCCAACCUCUUCAACAAGUACCCAGCACUUACCAAGCCUGAGAACCAGGACAUCAACUGGACCCUGCUGGAAGGAGAGACCCGCGAGGAACGGACCUUCCGCAACUGGAUGAACUCCCUCGGGGUCAACCCCCACGUCAACCACCUCUAUGGUGACCUCCAGGAUGCCCUGGUAAUACUGCAGCUGUAUGAGAAGAUCAAGGUCCCUGUCGACUGGAACAAGGUUAACAAACCUCCAUACCCUAAGCUGGGGGCAAACAUGAAAAAGUUAGAAAACUGUAACUAUGCUGUAGACUUGGGAAAGCAUCCAGCUAAAUUCUCUCUGGUUGGCAUUGGAGGACAGGAUCUGAAUGAUGGAAACCCCACUCUGACCCUGGCCUUAGUCUGGCAGUUGAUGAGAAGGUACACACUGAACGUCCUGGAGGACCUGGGUGAUGGUCAGAAAGCAAAUGAUGACAUUAUAGUCAGCUGGGUAAACCAGACCCUGAAAGAAGCUGGCAAGUCCACCUCCAUCCAGAACUUCAAGGACAAAACCAUCAGCUCAAGCUUGGCAGUUGUGGAUUUAAUUGAUGCUAUCCAGCCUGGCUGUAUCAACUAUGACCUGGUGAAGACAGGCCACCUAUCAGAAGAUGACAAACACAAUAAUGCAAAGUAUGCUGUGUCCAUGGCAAGAAGGAUUGGUGCCAGAGUUUAUGCUCUUCCAGAAGACCUGGUGGAGGUGAAACCGAAGAUGGUCAUGACCGUGUUUGCCUGCUUGAUGGGCAGAGGAAUGAAGAGAGUAUAAAAGAGCUGGGCCUUGUAAAG